AUGAGUAACCAUACUACAGUCAUUGAAUUUAUUCUACUGGGAUUCAGGGAUCAUCCAGAACUUCAGUGGAUUCUUUUUGUAGUGUUUCUAAUCAUCUAUAUGAUAACUUUGUUUGGAAAUCUAGGCAUGAUCUUAUUAAUCAAGAUUGAUUCACAUCUCCAUACACCAAUGUACUUUUUCCUCAGUAACUUGUCUCUUGUUGACUUCUGUUAUUCUACUGUCAUUGUUCCUAACAUGUUGGUGAAUUUCUGGGUAAAGAACCCAGUUAUCUCAUUUAAUGGAUGUGCCACACAAUUCUUCUUUUUUGGCUCUUUUGCUGGGAUUGAGGGCUUCCUGCUAGCUGUGAUGGCCUAUGACCGGUACGUGGCCAUUUGCAAGCCUCUCCUUUACACAGUCACUAUGUCUCCCCAGAUCAAUGUUCUACUUGUGUUGGCCACGUAUUUUGCAGGAUUUGUAAAUGCUGCUAUUCAUACUGCCCUCACCUUCCAACUGUCUUUCUGCGGCUCAAAUAUCAUCAAUCACUUUUUCUGUGACACGCCGCCCCUCCUGAAACUCUCCUGCUCUGACACACAUGUCAAUGAAAUCGUCAUUUUUGCUUUUGCCAGUUUCAAUGAACUGAGCUGCCUGCUGACCAUUCUCAUUUCUUAUCUCUACAUCCUGAUUGCCAUCUUGAGGAUCCGCUCUGCUGAGGGGAGACACAAAGCCUUCUCCACCUGUGCUUCUCACUUGAUGGCAGUCACCAUCUUUUUUGGCACAAUCCUAUUCAUGUAUCUGCGCCCCAGCUCCAGCUAUUCGAUGGACCAAGACAAAGUCGUAUCUGUGUUUUACACAGUGGUUAUCCCCAUGUUAAAUCCACUUAUCUAUAGUCUGAGGAACAAGGAGGUUAAAGCCUCUUUUCGUAAACUUUUUUAA